AUGGACCCCAACACUAUCAUAGUCUCUUAUUGGGGUCUGGAAGAGCCAGUCACAACAGAGCAUAAGCACAAGAUCGACGAUUCCAGAGACAGCAAGGUAGUGCUGAAGGGCAUGAAUGAAGGUGGAGAAGCUGCAGGUCGCCAGAAACAACGAAGGCUCACACUUGUAGCUCUCAUCUUCGCCACCCUGGGCGCUGCUGCUCCAGCUGUCCCCGAGUACUUCCAGCUUGAGAAGCGCUGCCAAGGCAACGGCGACUAUUGUGAUAAUGCUGCUAUCAGGCUGCCCGUACGGAGGCGCAGGGAUCCAUCACUGUGCUGUAGACAAGGUCGACGGAUGCUUCUAAGUAUAUGUUUGUCCAAAGGGUGCUGUGGUAAACAGUACACAGCUAUGGAGCGGCGUUGCAAUGGAAUAGUCAUGACGGGCAACCUAGACGAUUCGCAUCGAAGAGCUUGCUUCCCGAACAUCUUUAUGAUGCUAUUCCAGGUUUCUUGUUGA